CUGGGUGCGUUUGGCGCAGAGAGUUGUGCAUUAACAGGUAAACUGGGGUCCAAGGUGCGCACUGAGCCGCCUAUGAUACCAACAACACGGAUGGAAAGAACUUUAAUGUGGAACCCUCACAGAGUUUUGCAACGGAGGCUGAGAGUAGAGACAGACUGGCAGUUUAUAUUAUAACUUAAACGAGGCCAGAGGGACAGAUCAGACAGCAGACCAGCCGACACUUUGUGCACUACUGUAGGGUAUAAACAGGAACAGGGACCCCGGCAGGUAAGCUACACUUUAUAGGAAUAGGUCUUGCAUCCUCUGCGCACCUGGAGGCUUCUGUGUGUAGGAAGAUGUCCAGAGAGGAGCAGAGCUUAUCGGAGGUUGAGCUCAGUCCCGGGGUGUCGGACGACAGCCGCUCCCUAUCACCGGGUCACUCCUCUGGUGUGCCCGGCGGGGGGGAUUCACCUCUCCACGGGCAGCAGCAUUUAGCGGGUUUGGACGAUGCAGCGGCCGGUUCCUCACUUAAAUCAGAAGAUGAGGAAGACCGCUUCCCCGCAGGGAUCCGUGAGGCGGUGAGUCAAGUGCUCAACUGCUACGAUUGGACCCUUGUGCCCAUGCCAGUGCGCGUGACCGGCGGAAACAAGUCCAAACCGCACGUGAAGAGGCCCAUGAACGCCUUCAUGGUGUGGGCCCAGGCGGCGAGGAGGAAACUGGCCGAUCAACACCCGCACCUGCACAACGCGGAGCUCAGCAAGACGCUGGGGAAGCUCUGGAGGCUUCUUAAUGAGAGCGACAAGCGACCCUUCAUCGAGGAGGCAGAGAGGCUGAGGAAGCAACAUAAGAAGGACUAUCCUGACUACAAAUACCAGCCACGACGCCGCAAGAACGGAAAGCAUGGUUCUGGGUCAGGAAGUGAAGCCGAUGGCCAUUCGGAGGGUGAGGUCAGCCAAGGCCAAUCCCUCUACAAGGGUCUCCACCUGGAUGUGGCCCUCAGCGGUGGGGGCAGGUCCCCUCUGGCAGAUGGGCACCACCCUCAUGCUGCAGGUCAGAGCCACAGUCCUCCCACUCCUCCAACCACUCCCAAGACUGAGCCUCAGUCUGGGAAGGCAGGAGAUGGAAAGAGGGAGGGGGCUGGGAACGGGGGUUCCCGUGGCACAAUGGGAGCAGAGGGGAGUUCAGGUGCUCCAGGAUCUGGGAAACCUCACAUUGACUUUGGUAAUGUGGACAUUGGUGAGAUGAGCCACGAGGUGAUGGCCAACAUGGAGCCUUUUGAUGUCAACGAGUUUGACCAGUACCUUCCUCCCAAUGGGCAUCCGGGGGUCGGGCCGGGUAUUGGGGCAGGAGUAGCUGCAACAGCUUCUCCAGCCUCUCCAUACACCUACGGCAUCUCCUCAGCUCUGGCGGCGGCCAGUGGACAUUCAGCAGCCUGGCUCUCCAAGCAGCAGCAGUCGCAGCAACAUCACGGGUCCCCUCUGGGCUCGGACCCUUCCAAGGCCCCAAUCAAGAGCGAGGCUGGAGGUGCAGGUAGUCACUUUGCAGAGGCAGCCUCAGCAGGUUCCCAUGUCACCUACACCCCCCUCAGUCUUCCUCACUACAGUUCAGCCUUUCCCUCACUGGCUACCAGGGCUCAGUUUGCUGAAUAUGCUGACCACCAGGCCUCGGGGUCCUACUACGCUCACUCCAGUCAGGCCUCAGGGUUAUACUCUGCUUUCUCUUAUAUGGGGCCCUCGCAGAGACCCCUGUACACUGCCAUCACUGACCCAACCAGUGUACCGCAGUCACACAGCCCUACACACUGGGAACAGCCCGUCUACACAACACUGUCGCGGCCAUGACAGACAACUAGACCAGAGGGCACUGGUGCAGGUCCAGACCCAAGGAGCAGCAGCAACAACAGUGUUGGUAGCAUCAGUGGUGAAUGUGGUCUGGGCCAGGG